AUGAUGGCUUCUGAUGCUAGUCAUAUGCUGGAAGCAGCUUUGGAGCAGAUGGAUGACAUCAUUGCAGGUACAAAGUCAGCUACAGAGUAUGCUAAUGGUGGUUACGAUAUUGUGUCACCUGCUCCAUCAGUAUACUUGGGCACAUUUCAAAUUUUGCAUCUCCUGGAAGAUCUAAAGAUGGCAUUGGAAAUGCUAGAGGAUCCUCAAGAGAAAGAAGCAUUGCGAAAUCAGAUUCCAGGGGCCACAGCAGUGUGUAUACGGGAGUGGUUUGAAGAGAAUCUGUCACAGGUGAAUCAUCAUUCAUCUAAUAAUGAAACCUAUCAAGAAAGAUUGGCACGAUUAGAGGGUGAUAAAGAGUCGCUCAUACUGCAGGUGAGUGUUCUUACAGACCAGGUGGAAGCUCAAGGAGAGAAAAUCCGGGAUUUAGAAAUCUGUCUUGAGGGGCAUCAGUUGAAACUGAAUGCUACAGAAGAAAUGCUUCAACAGGAGUUGCUAAGUCGAACAUCACUAGAGACCGAGAAAUUAGAUCUAAUGGCUGAAGUUUCAGACCUGAAGAUUAAGCUGGUUGGUAUGGAAAAGGAACAGAGUGAAUAUGAAGAGAAACAGAACAAAGCUGAGUCAGUAGUGAACCUGAUCAGUGAGCUACAGGAGCAGAUGUGUAGACUGCAGCUGGAAAUUAAUAGUAGAAUCCAAGAAAGAAAGUCUCAAGAUAGGAAACCAGACUUGACACCUAAUGGUCCUCAAUCUAGUCCAAGAUCAGUGGUAGAGACUCUCAGCCAGAAGAAUUGCUUUCAGUGUGAUGGCUUGCUACAGGAACUUAAACACCUCAAAAUUAAAGUGGAAGAACUGGAAAAUGAAAGAAAUCAGUACGAGUGGAAAUUAAAAGCAACUAAAGCUGAGAUAGCCCAGCUUCAAGAGCAAUUAGCUCUCAAAGAUGCAGAAAUAGAACGUUUACAAAGUCAGCUCUCUAGGACCUCAUCACAUAGUGAAGUGGCAGAAAGAGAGGAAGUUUAUAGGAGAAGGCUAAAAGAAAAACAUCAAGAAGUUCAACGAUUGAAGAUAGGAAUGGAAUCGUUAUUGGCUGCAAAUGAAGAAAAGGACCGCCGAAUACAGGAGUUGACGCUGUUGCUCAGCCAGUACAGGAGGCUCAAAGAGAUAAUGACCGCAGCUCACGGCUCUUCUGUCUCUGGUGGCAAUGCAGAGGAACUUGAGACAACUUUAAGGAAGUGGAAUCUUUUGAAUAAUCUUCAGGGAGAAUUAUUUAAACCAGAGGCCUCUUCAGGAGAAUUGCCACCAGCUAUGCUCUCUCCGGUGCCGCACAAAGCUAUGGAAAUCAGUGGAAGCAUUCCAGUAUCUUCGACUAAUUUAACCUCUUCCCAAGAAGAAUCUUUGGAAACCAUAAAUAGGAUUCCACAGAAAAAAAAGUCCAGCAGUUUAGAAGACUUGCAGAGUGAAUCCCUAGAAAAGCAUGUAGACGGAAAACCGGUACAGCCUGUUGUAGAACAAGAGAGUAAGCCAGCUGUGAAAGGCAGCAAGUACCAAACCUUGCCAGGAAAGCUGCCUCGAGCCUUGCAGAAUGGAGAGCAGGGAACGUACAAUUUGCAGGACGGGUGUGGCGUGAAUGACGAGGACAACGGCAUCCUGGGCCUAAAUCGCAUCAGGAGUGUCAGUGCGCCAGUGCUAGGAGAAACAGAGAACGUGGAUGGUACGGUAGUGUCAGAUGACCUUUCACCUCUUUCUUCGGGAACGGAUUCAGGUCCACAAUCUCCGUUGUCUCCAGAAAACAGGAAGAGUCCAAAAGGGAUCAAGAAAAUCUGGGGAAAAAUAAGAAGAACUCAGUCGGGUAACUUCCCUGCAGACGAUCUGGGUUUGGCAGAGUUCCGAAGAGGUGGUCUCCGUGCAACAGCUGGACCUCGGUUAUCCAGAUCAAAGGAAACGAAAGGCCAGAAAAGUGACUACAACGCUCCAUUUGCUCAGUGGAGCACUGAAAGAAUCUGUAACUGGCUUGAGGACUUUGGUCUCGGUCAGUACGUCAUUUUUGCACGGCAGUGGGUGACUUCGGGCCAUACGCUGUUAACUGCAACACCUCAGGACAUGGAAAAGGAAAUGGGAAUAAAGCAUCCACUGCACAGGAAGAAAUUGGUUUUGGCCAUUAAAUCAAUAAAUGCAAAACAAGAUGAGAAGUCUGCACAACUCGAUCAUAUCUGGGUGACACGAUGGCUCGAUGAUAUUGGUUUGCCGCAGUACAAAGACCAGUUUCAUGAAUCCAGAGUUGAUGGGAGAAUGUUGCAGUACUUAACUGUGAAUGACCUUCUUUUUCUGAAAGUCACCAGUCAGCUGCAUCAUCUGAGCAUUAAAUGUGCCAUCCAUGUGCUGCACGUCAACGGUUUUAAUCCCCACUGUCUACGCAGGAGACCAGUUGAGGAGAAUAACGUUUCACCCUCUGAAGUAGUUCAGUGGUCCAAUCACAGAGUGAUGGAAUGGCUCAGAUCAGUCGAUCUGGCAGAAUACGCACCAAACCUUCGAGGAAGCGGCGUGCACGGUGGCCUGAUUAUUCUCGAGCCUCGCUUCAAUGGUGACACACUGGCAAUGCUGCUGAAUAUUCCACCACAAAAGACCCUCCUGCGACGCCACCUAACAACCAAUUUUAACGUAUUAAUUGGACCAGAAGCACAACAAGAAAAAAGAGAAAUAACGGAGUCAACAACAUACACACCUCUCACCACCACUGCCAAAGUUCGGCCAAAGAAACUUGGAUUUUCACAUUUUGGAAACUUAAGAAAAAAGAAAUUUGAUGAAUCAACGGACUACAUUUGUCCUAUGGAUACAAACCCAGCUGCUACCAACGGUACUCAGAAAUACGGUGGAUACAAAGGACUUAGUCCAUUCACUGAUAGGGACCUGGAUCAGAUGGAACAUUCAGAAGGAACAGUAAUGCAAAUAGGGGCUCUCUCUCAAGGCAUAAGCCACCUGACGACGAUGUUAAGCCAAGAUGAAAUGCUGAAUGACAGCAGAUUUUUAACACCUACCUUUGAAGACUGGAGAUGA